AUGAGUGACAAAGCACGUGCCGGAUUGAGUUCAAUGUCUGCCACUCAGCGCCUACUCUCUGAAGAAUAUCGGGGCUUAAACGGAGGUCAUAUUGAAGUCUUUGAUCAUCCCCCGACGGCGCUCGAGUUUUCGCGAUUGGUUCACAUUUCCAGACCAGUCGUUUUCAAGGGUUUUGAUAUCCCUGCGUUGAGACGCUGGUCCAACCAGUAUCUCGAUGAGCAAAUGGGCGAACGUCUUGUGUCUGUGGCAACCACCCCCGACGGGCGUGCAGACGCUCUUUCUCGAGGGCCAGACGACAGACUCUACUUUGCCGAACCAUUUGUAGAGAAGAUGACGAUUGGUGACUUGAUCAAACACCUCAAAGAGCCAGAGGGUGUUGACGGAGAAGUUCGUUAUCUCCAGUCACAAAACGGCAACUUAUUUUCAAGCGAUUUCUUUGGUCGGAGCGGUGAUGACGCAAAUUCUCCUUCAGAAUUUGAACCACUCAGGUCCGACGUGCCUAGUGAAAUUCCCUGGUGUACUGAAGCCCUUGGCAAAAGGCCCGAUGCAGUUAAUAUCUGGAUGGGAAACAGCAGAAGCACGACAAGCAUUCAUAGCGAUCCAUACGAAAAUAUCUACGCAGUGGUGCGCGGAGAGAAGAAGUUUUUGCUUCUCCCCCCCACCGAUGGGUGGUGCUUACAAGAGCGCUCAUAUCCGCAUGCAUCAUACACACGGCGGUCGCCCUCCUCUUCUCUUGAACUCGUUCCAUCGGGGCCCGAUGUCCCCCUCGUACCCUGGGCAUCCAUCACAAACCCACAGCUUCCUUGUGUGCUGCCAUCGGAUGUUACCCCAAUCUACGUUACUCUCAAGCCCGGGGAAGUUUUAUAUCUGCCUGUCGGUUGGUGGCAUCACGUUCAACAGUCGAGAGACAUCACGAUCUCGCUGAAUUGGUGGUAUGAUGCAGAGAUACGUGGUAUGUCUUGGGUUUUCCUUAGUUUUUUGCGUGGACUUGGCCAUGUUCCAGUCGCACCUUCCAUGGCUCCCAGUGAACAUGAAGUUUCUUGUGCCUAA